AGCAUCUCUAUCAUCCAUCUUGAACUCACAUUCAUCUCAAAUUAUUCUAUAGCAUGUUCUCAGAGAAGGAGCUGUCCAGCGCAGAGAAAAUUCGCCAUCGCGUCCCAACCCCACACACCUCGCGCAUCACAGACCUUUCGACCAAUCCCACCAACGACAAGUUAUCUCAUCCUUCUGCUAUCUCUUUGACCACUCAACACUCUUCUCGGUCCAAGCGCUCUUCAGGCAAGCGCAAGAAAAACAAAAAGCGACGCUCUCAGAAGCCUCUUGCAAACCUCGAUAGUUCAAAUCCAAAGGAACCGUGGCUUGACCUUUCCUUCUUGAACCGUCAUCGUACGCAAGAAGACUAUCUCUGCAAUUACUGGCGCUACACGGUUGCUGACGAGCAAAGCAUGUGCCUCGAUUAUUUCUUGAAUGCGAUCGAUGCGCACGAGUGCGAACUGUGGCAAGGAUUUUCCGAUGACUACGUGCCUUCCUGGGCGAAAUUCCUGGAAGUUCGUCAAGGCUGGGAAGGCAACGAUGAACGGAAGUGGCAGUCGGGCGGCUGGAUUCGCGGGAAGAAUGGGAUAGAAUGGCGCCCAGGUCAUGUUAUGUUGAGGGUACCUAACAACGAUUGGAUAGGCGGCAGUCACGAAGGCCUGGACGAUUACUCCAAUGCGAGCUCAAGGAACUGGAUGGAUGAUGAAGUUGUCGUUUCUGGUGAGGACCACGAAGAUUACGGAGUCGGUGACGAGAUAUCCCCGGAGCGAGGAAGGGAGUCAUAUCACGAGCAAGAUUCCAAGCCACGUUCAGAAGUCAAGAGGACCUUUGAGCCUCGCCUCAUCGUCCCCCGUGUCACUCCAGCAUGCUUCAUUUUGGAUAUCCCACCAGCCCAGAUCAUCAUCCCGAAUGACACUCCACUAGAUAGCCCACCAUCUCUUUCGAAACAUGACUCGCGUACUACGAAGGCAUCCAAAGUAUCGCAUGCUCCUCUCGUAACACCCGACCGCGCUCGCCAGUUCUCUCAUCGCCCUCGGCGUGUCUUCACACCUGCCCCUACCCCAAUUUCCAGCGAGUGUGCUGACGAUGAAGUCACUGGGAAUCAUGGGGCAAUUGAGAAAUUGCUUGAAUUUCUCAAGAUGAAUACAGAGCAAAAAGUAGCCGAGAUUCAUCAGUUGGUCAGAUCUAUGAGGCGAGGAACACAGUCGUAGCUGGACUCGAUUGUUAUCAACUCUCCUAUUUACUUACUUUGUAUUGACUGUUACCAAACUCUGUACUAACAACUUUGAAACGACAUUUUG